AUGACCACUCCUUCCUCUCCAUUCAUAGGCACUUCAUCAAUGAUGGACGAAGAGACACAUCCUUCUCUCCUCCUACAACCACCACCUUCGGAAAAGACAAUUCCUCCUCUCCAACAAGAGGAACAACAACCAUCAUCACCAUCACCACUACCAUACAAAUCCUUUUCGUUUGAUCAUCAUCAUUCUGCUACACCAAGACCAUCCCGAUUUCAUUUUUCAUCAUUUUCAUCACCACCAAAACUUUCCAAUAUGCUUCAUGCUCCCUAUCACGUACAAUACUUUCAUCAUGAUGAUCAGCAAUUAUUUUCUGAUCCUUCCAAUACAAUGACGAUGAUCAUGGAUCAGAACUCCUCUCAAGUGAUUCAAACCAAUGAUGAAGCAACUCAAUGUAAAUACAUUCUCACACAAUUAGGAUAUAUCAAAGAUGAUUACAUCCAACACAUGUUAAAGUCAACCAAUCACACACAUUCUUCACCAACUAACAAACAAUCCUUGUCACCCUCCACUCCAUUACGAAAUCAUUCUCCAUUGAAUAAUAAUAAUCAAAAUAAUGAUUUUAAAAAUCAAGUAUUGACAUCUCCUAUUAUCAUCAAAGGAUAUUAUAUUCGUUACAAAUUAAUUAAGAAAUUUGUUGAAGAUUUUAUUCAACAAAACAUUCAUCAUGACACCAUUCAAAUUAUUAAUUUAGGAUGUGGAUGUGAUACUUUAUAUUUUUAUAUUAGAGAUUAUUGCAAAUCGAAUAUGUGUUCAAAUGAUCAAGAAAACAAGUCAUCCAAUACUACUACUACUACUCUUCCAUUUAUUAAAUAUUUAGAAUUAGAUUUUGCAACAGUCAUUGAUCACAAAAAGAUGAUUCUUGAAAAAUUGAAUAUUCACACGAGUCAACAAUGCAUUGUUCACAAUAUAUCCACUCCUAACAUAUCCAUCUCUCAUACCAAUGAUCAUUCUUCUAUUCAUGCAAUUCCAAAUGAUCAUUCUCAUGCCAAUGAUCAUUCUUCUACUGUUGUGAAUCAAUUGUCUUCUGAAAUUCAUACCAUGCAACACCUCACUAACAAUUCCAUUUCAUACAUUUUAGAAUCAUGUGAUUUAUCAGACAUUCAAUCCUUCAAGAAUAUUAUUUUACAACAUUGUAACACUAAUGCACCAACUCUAUUCAUUAGUGAAGUAGCCAUGUGUUACAUGUCCAAAAGAGAUUCAUCUCUACUUUUAGAUGCUAUUUAUUAUGAUUUAUUUAAACAAUCGACAUUCAAUGUAAAAUUUAUUGUCUAUGAACCUGUGAUUGAUCCAAACAAUUCCUAUGGAAAACAAAUGUUGAAUAAUUUAACAAAAAGAAAUUCACCAUUUACUUCCAUUUCAAGUUCUUUCAAUGAACAAUAUGAAAGAUUUAAAAAGUAUUAUCAUACGACUGAAAAAACUGACAAAUGGAAUGAUGAAAAUAGAUCAACAACAACUAGUACUACUAUAGAUCAUACGACAAGUCAUGCUUCUCCUUCUACAGAUUCAAUGACUAGUACUACUCGUACUACUACUAGUUCUACUACUACUACUCUCAAUAAUUCAAAGUUAUGUAUUCAUAUUGAUACACUCUUCAAUAUUCAUAAUGAAAUGAUCAAAUUAGACAAGACUCUACUCGACAUUCAUAAAAGACAUCCAAUGUUUGAUGGUGUUGAGGAAUGGCAAAUGAUUUCACAAGUCUAUGCAUUCUUAUACAUUCGAAAUUGUGAUGAAAUCAACAAUAAUAACCAACAAGAACACAACCACCACUCGAACCUCGACAUUCACCAAUGCAACAUGACUCAUUUAUUACACAAAAUGAAUUGGAAUUAA